AUGAGUGGAGUGACUUUGGUGAAGUUGGGAAUCCACUUCGGUGGAACAAUGGAGAAAAUCGAUUACUCUUACAAGUACAUCGGCGAAAUUGGAGAAGAGACAGUGAGAUGGGAAUUGUAUGACAUAUCUUGGGAUAAGUUCUUGAAGUUCAGUAAGGAAGCUGCGUUGAUAAAUGCAACGAUAAGAUUCAUUUGGUAUAGAGAGAUGGAGAAAGAGAUGAAGACUGUGAACUAUGAAAAGAGAAAGGUGAGAUCGAGAUCUUCCUUAAACAUGAUAUUUCAGAUGAAACAAAGCCUCAUGUCUACAUGGUUACACCAAAUAGUCAAUGUGUAG